AUGGAACUAUCCAACAAGCUUUCCAAUCUCAGGAAAGAUAUCGAUAGCGUGGAGAAUGAGAUUAAAGAUAACGUGAUUUCAAACCAAAACGAGCUGUUCAAGUACAGCGAGAGUUACAGCAAUAUCAACAAUUAUAAUAUAUCCGGCACAAGCCAGCAACUAUACGACAAGAUAUCUCAACUUAAGUCAAAGAUAUCCGCAGAUUAUGACGAGCUUUCGAAUGAUAUCGUGGAUUUGACUAAUGUCGAAUCUGCGCUGAAUCUACUGCGACAGGUAUUCAAAUUUAGAACGUUAUCCUCAUUACUGGAUAGAAGGCUACAGAAUAGCGUGAUAAACGAUCAAGAUAUCGCCCAGAUUGUGCUUACAGUCGAAGAACUCGACAAAAUGCUGCUAAACCCAGAUUUAAACAAGCUCAAAAUUCAAAUAACUCAAAAUCAAGCUCAAUUGAUCACUUAUUGCUUUCUAACAAAGGUUUCUUGA